AUGAUGCUAGAGCGUUGGGAAUCAUUCAAGGGGCUGUCUCAGACUUCAUUUCCCAGGAUAGCAAAUGAAGAAACUGCUAAAGCUGCUUGGGAUACUCUGCAACAAGAAUACAUAGGAGAUGUGAAGGUACGGAAAGUAAAACUCCAGUCUCUUAGACGUGAUUUUGAAUAUACACGCAUGAGAGAAUAUGAGCCACUUAAAGACUAUUUUUCUAGGCUGUUUGAUGUUGUGACUCAAAUGAAAACUUAUGGAGAAGAACUGCCUAAUGAAAGAAUAGUGCAAAAGCUUCUAAUUAGUUUGACUAAGCCUUAUGACUCUAUUGUGAGUGUGAUAGAAGAAACUAAGGAUACUGAUACACUCAGUGUGCAAGAUGUGAUGGCUUCUUUGAGAGCUUUUGACCAAAGGCUCGAAAGACAUGUUGAUGGCACAACUGAGAAGGCUUUCUAG